AUGGAUUCCCAAGGCGCUCCAUACCUGAACAGCGGGGCACUGCUGUCACCUCUCGGCGCCGCCCGCCUUUGCCAGCUGGCAAUGGGCUGUGCUGUGAUCGCCAUGGUGACCCACAGUGCCGGAUACAGCGGUUCACAUGGCGUCUUCUGCAUGGCCGUGUGGUGCUUCUGCUUUGCCAUGUCCGUGGUGGUCUUCUUCUUGGAUGCCACUCGCCUUCACAGCUGCCUGCCGAUUUCCUGGGACAACCUGACAGUCACGUGCGCCGCCUUUGCCACUCUUGUGUACGUGACAGCCUCUGUGGUCUACCCGCUCUUCUUUGUCCGAUCAGAGUGUCCCUACGCCGGCUGCGACGUCCGAAAUUACCGCAUCGCCGUCACCGUCUGUUCCAUCCUGGGAGCACUGGCCUACGGGGCUGAGGUGGCCUUGUGUCGAGCCAGGCCGGGCCAGGCCGUGGUGGGCUACAUGGCCACGGUCUCCGGACUUCUUAAAGUGGUCCAGGGCUUUGUGGCCUGCAUCAUCUUUGGCGCUUUGGCCAAUGGGAGCCAGUAUUCCCACUAUGCAGCCACCAUCUACUGUGUAGUGGUCUACGCUUUCUGCUUUUCUCUGACCGCGCUGGUGGUCAUCAUGACAGUUUGCGGGCGGACCAAGUCGGUGCGCUGUAUGCCCUUCGAUCGCUUUGUGGUGGUGUGCACCCUGUUGGAGGUCCUCCUAUACCUGAGUGCGUCGGUGGUGUGGCCAGUCUUCUGUUUCGACACCAAAUACGGCUCCCCUUGGCGACCAUCGUCGUGUCCACAAGGGAAAUGUCCGUGGGACAGCAAAGUUGUGGUGGCCGUCUUCUCCUUUGUCAACUUCGUGCUCUACGUGACGGACCUGGUCUACUCUCAGAGGAUACGAUUUGUCUCGUCACGUUUGUCCGCCACCUCACGAGCGUAGCUCUUUGCCGAGACGCACGAGUCUGAUGUCUCCAGAAGACUCCAUUAACUGAAUUCAUUGUUAUACUCGAUGGCCAUUUAACACAACAGGCGCCGCAUGGAAAUGGUUAUACUGUGGUGAUGUUGGAGGCACCGCUGCUUGCUUCAAAGGAAGCUUCUUUAUUUGGGCACGCAGCAGCCACAAUGGAACUUGAAGUGACCUUACACAAUGUAAGAAAAAUCAGAGUUUGUUAAUCCUGAGGAGAGAUCAGGCGGACGUGCUUUUCUGUAUUUUCCAUCUUUUAGUGAUAAAAUUGGAAGAUGUCACAAAGUACAGCACGCUGGACCUCCGCUCAUCAGCCAAGAAGCAGGGAGUCCCAAAACUAGGAAGUGCCUACUCUGGUGUGCUAUCCUUGAGUCCUGCCCACGCAGGGGCGUUACUCGCUCCUCAGUGGAUCAGUGUGUCAGACUAUGUAUUAGCAGUUAACUGGCUCAAGCUCGUGUCAAUCAAGUGUGUGUGUGUGUGUGUGUGUGUGUGUGUAAGCUUGAUGAGGUUGCCAGGCAACCAGUUCAACCACUGUCUUAAGUUUACAGAACUUGUAUGGUAUAAUUCUCGCCACAUCUAACAACCUUAACCCCAACAGAGAAGCAGACACACACGAGGGCCACAACACGUAAAACAAGUACAUGUGCAAGAAAUGGCUUGUUUCAAUGAUGUCGACAACUGCUUUUUAAAACCACUUCUGGAUAAGCGGCCAAGGCCAAAUACCCCCAUGAAAUGCGAAUGACAGCAUUUUGUGUGUUUUUUAACAUUUUUUAUAGGUUUCCGCAAAUAACGAUUGUUUUUUCAACGUUAUACGUGAAACUUUCUCUCAUGCUUUCACCAAAGUUCUGCCUAUAGCUCUGUGGAAUGCCAACAUGGAAUCUGCCACACCCCGACCAGGCACCACGAGAAGCACUCGGGGGUCCUUUGUAGCACGUGAAGGGAUUAGUGUGGCCGUCCAGCCUCACCCAAGCAGGCAGCUGGUAUGUGCCACUCUGUUCACCUGUGCGCUAAUCAUGCUGGCAUGUCUCCAGAAACAUUCUCACAGCUUCCAACAUUUCGGCCCAUCGUUGUCAUAUUCACCAAUGAGAUUUGUCCCCGAGUAGCGCUCAAACAUGCACAUCGACUGUCUAACCAAUUGAAUGUGUCACUGCAUCGUGCACCCACGUCCUC